AUGACAUCACUGAAACGUUCGGCCGACUACAUCGACCAGCUCGAUCAGCUCCAUCACUUCCAAUACCCUGACCAAUGCGACGCCUUCUCGUCUCAGCCCUUUUCUUCACAGCCGUCGGAGAGCUUUGGUGACGGCUCGGAGCCCCAUCUAGAUGUCGGCGCCCGUGACUGGAACAAUGUCUGGAACGAAUUGAUUGGAGAUCCAAACAUUAACGCUGGCAUUCUCAAUGUUGAAGAGGGACAUGAGCCAUCAAAUGCCUUCUUUCCUGCCAUCCACAAUGUGCAGGACGAUAUUGAAACCUGGUUAGCAAAAGACCUGGGAAUGGCUCCCUUUGGAGAUGCAGAUGAGCUGCUGGUAGGUGGAGGAGACACCGGCUGUCAACAGCAAAAUGGCUUCAAUCGAUGCUAUGGCAUGAUCUACCGUGCAAAAGCUAAGCUCGAAGGGGACAUGCGUGAGGUUUCGCAAUGUCUCAGGGGUAAUGUGCCUCAGACCCGGACACAUUUCAUCCUGGACGUCGUUUUCGACAACGAUAGUCUGUACAUCUGCAUCCCAGAUGGCAUGCGGAUUGCAAACCUCAACUGUUACUUGACCGAGUCAUUGGUGGAGCACGUAAAGUCCCAACACAUUCGUCUUGAAGCGCUGGUCCAUAGAAGGAUGAUCUUCGAAGACAUUGGGGCCGCCAAAAAAGCGAAAGAUGCGCUUACAACUAUCAACAUCAACGUCUAUGGAACUGAAGAGUCACAGAGUUCUAUUGGCCAUGAUUUUUCCGUCAAGAAAAUCUGGCUUCAGCGGCCCGAUUGGGUGAGCCCACAUUCAAUAUAUGACAACCCACAUGUCUUGAAGUUGAAUAAUAUUCAGCAACAGAGUGAGCCGGAGAUACCUAGUCAAACUGAGCAGUCCUCUAGAACCUCUGGCUUUCGGGAUUCGGUUGAACAAAUGUACUCGAUGCUGACGCGCGAUUCGCAUCUCAAGGGCGUGGCUGGUGACGAGCGCCUCCGUACACCACUUCUUCACCAUCAGGAGAAGGCCCUCGACUUCAUGAUACAGCGAGAGACAGGCCCUAUCCCAGAGGAAUUUCAACUAUGGGAGCCUACGCUCAUCGAAUCGGAGCCCUGGUAUCGCCAUAAAAUCACAGGGAUAAAAUCUCGGACGCUGCCAGUCGAGGCUGGUGGCGGUAUUCUAGCAGACGAAAUGGGCAUGGGGAAGACCUACUCGAUACUAGCUUUGAUCGUCAGGACACUGGACGAGGCAACGAUAUGGUCCAAUGACCGGGAUGUGCACAUUGCGGAGGAGAUCCUCCCCAGCAAAAUACCUUCGAGGGCGACAUUGGUGGUUGUUCCAUCCCCGUUAUUGCUGGCUACGUGGGAAGAUGAGAUCCGGGAUCGCGUCAAUGGACACUUGAAGAUACUAAAAUAUCACGGCAAUACGAGAACCAAAGACUCCAGAAUCAUGGCCGAAUGUGACAUCGUCUUGACAACAUAUCAUACCAUUAUCGCAGAUAAGCACAGAGCCAACCCUGCCACAGAGGUUGCCUGGUAUCGCAUCGUUCUGGACGAGGCGCACUUCAUACGACGAAAUUCUACCUUUCUAUACAGGGGCGUUGCUGAACUGGACGCGAAAUUUCGCUGGUGUCUUUCCGGCACUCCCAUACAAAAUACUCUGGAUGAUAUCGGUUCCUUGUUCACAUUCAUCAAGAUAUUCCCGUUUGACAGAUUGGCCGUCUUCCGCAAAUAUAUAACGGUCCCAUUCAACGAUGGGGGCAUCAGGCGCCUGGAGGGCCAACGCAAUCUCGUCCGGUUGUUUGACUCAAUCUGCAUUCGGCGUACGAAGGACUACCUAAAUAUGGCCGUCCCAAUCGAGACGAUACACAGCAUCCAGUUGUCGCCGAAAGAGCGAGAUCAGUAUAACAAGACAAAAGAUGACAUGAAACGAGCCUUGCAUCAUCUCGUCGUGGUAUCUGAGAGCCAGAGCAAGUUCAGCAUGUUCCAAGCUCAACUUCAACUGCGGCUUCUCUGCAAUCAUGGGACUUUCCAGCACCAGUUCCAUUGGGCUAAGAGCAGGAACGCGCGGGAUUCCCGAGAAGACGCGUUGACCUCUGUGGGGAGCGACGGAGAGGUUAAAUGUUCGGCGUGUGAACAGACUGUGUACGGCAUCCUCCCGAACCGGGCGCUUGGCCUGUCCGACACGUGUACACAUAUUCUGUGCAAAGAGUGCAAAGACGGCACAGGCGAUAGCUGUCCGGUGUGCGAGGCGACGCUCCGACCGUCCAAAAUUCAACGUUCCGCGUUAGGAGCAGGGGAGAUAUCCCAGUCCCGUCUGCACCAAGGCGAUCUCCGCUCCGAAGGCUGCUCAUCGAAGAUAAUCGCGCUAGUGCAGGACCUCGCAGCCGCCACCGCAGCAGGCGACAAGAGCAUCGUCUUCUCGUGCUGGACAACCACUCUGGACCUAAUCAGCCGACACCUGCGAGAGCGAAGCAUGACCUUCGAGCGCAUCGACGGCAAACACAGCGUCGAGCACCGCCAGCAGGUGCUCGCGCGCUUCGAGAGAGACCCGUGGGUCCCCGUGCUGAUCAUGACCACGGGCGUCGGCGCCUUUGGGCUCAGUAUCAUCGCCGCCAACCGCGUGUUCCUGGUCGAGCCCCAGUGGAACCCCAGCGUCGAGGCCCAGGCCAUCGGCCGCACCAUCCGCAUCGGCCAGCAAAAACCCGUCCUGGUCACCCGCUACGUCGUCCAGAAUUCCGUCGAAGAUGACAUCCAGCAGCUGCAGCGGCGCAAGCGUGGCAUCGCCAAGAUGACCACAAAGGACAUAGAGAUAGCCGAUACGUACAUCAAGCCCGAGUAUACGGCGUUCAAUUGA